CUCCUCGCUCAUUCGGCUCCGCUGUCCCAUCGUGCGCCUCCCAGUCGCUCAGUGGGCUCUCAGAGGACUUUGCAGCGGACCACCUGACUCUGCCAGACAAACCAGGGGAGCGCUGGACUUUCCGCACACUUGAGCUUGAAGCAGCAGCUGCAGCAGAGUUUAGACAUGUCGAGCAAAAGCGUGGUGGUAUUUGAUCUCGGGGGCGUUUUGUUGUGCCCGGCUCCGCAGCAGAAGUUCCACGAAUAUGAAGAAAGACUGAAUCUUCCCGGGGGUUUCCUCCAAAGUGUAAUCCUUACUUCUGGUCCCAAUGGUGCCUUCUUCAGAGCUGAACUUGGGAAAAUGACACUUAGUCAGUUUCUCUCUGAAUUUGAACAAGAAUGUAAAGAUUAUGCCAGCAACUCCAAGGUCAGCCUGCCAGCUAACUUCUCAAUCCAACACCUGUUUGAAGAAAUUGCUGCUUCCUUCAGGAUCAACGAGCCGAUGCUGAACGCCUCGAUAAAACUGCACAAUAACGGUUUCAAGACGUGUAUCCUGACCAACAACUGGGUGGAUGACACAGAUCACAGGGACGUGCAGGCCCAGCUCCUGUGCACCCUGCAGCAGCACUUUGACCUUAUCGUGGAGUCCUGCAGGGUCGGAUUGAGGAAGCCCCAGAGUGACAUUUACACCCUGGCCUUGGCAAAACUGAAUGCCACCCCAGAACAGGUUAUUUUCUUGGAUGACAUUGGUGCCAACCUAAAGUCUGCACGUGAGCUGGGGAUGAGCACCGUGCUGGUGGACGACACGAAGAAAGCUCUGGAAGAACUGCAGCGGCUCACUGGAGUUCAGCUCCUGAGUCCUGAAGAGCCGCUGCCUCCUUGUUGCCACCCUGAGGAUGUGACUCAUGGAUUUGUGAAGAUCAAGCCUGGAGUUCAGAUUCAUUAUGUGGAGCUGGGUGAUGGACCCCCCUUGUGCCUCUGCCACGGAUUUCCAGAAUCCUGGUUUACUUGGAGAUACCAGAUCCCCGCCUUGGCCGCUGCAGGCUUCAGAGUGCUGGCGCUGGACAUGAAGGGCUAUGGAGACUCAACAGCUCCCCCUGAUAUUGAAGAAUAUGGCCAGGAAGAAAUCUGCAAGGAUUUUGUCGCCUUCCUGGAUAAACUGGGUUUGCCCCAGGUGACCCUCAUCGGACAUGACUGGGGUGGCGCCUUUGUCUGGAACAUGGCACAGUUCUAUCCCGAAAGAGUCAGGGCGGUGGCUUCACUAAACACCCCUUUGUUCCCGGUGGACCCCAACGCUGAUCCAAUGGAGCGUCUCCGUGCUCUCCCCAUCUUUGACUAUCAGCUGUACUUCCAGGAGCCGGGAGUUGCCGAAGCCGAGCUGGAAGAGGACUUGAGGCGGACCUUCAAAAUCAUGUUCCGUGGCCACAGAGAUAUGGAACAGAGCAGAGGCAUGUUGACCACCAGUGGCGUCUGUAAAAGAGGUGGGCUGCUGGUUGGUCUCCCUGAAGAUAUCCCAAGGAGCAGCAUACUGAGUGAGUCCGCUCUCCAGGUCUACGUCGAGCAAUACGAGAAGUCUGGCUUCAGAGGCCCACUUAACUGGUACAGGAACGUGAGGAGGAACUGGCAGUGGCUUUGUACGAAGCCCAUGGGAAAGAUCCAGAUGCCUGCUCUGAUGGUGACAGCGGGGAAGGACAUAGUGCUGUUGCCCAUAUUCACCAAAGGGAUGGAGGAUCUCAUUCCAAAGCUGACCAGAGGUCACAUUGAAGAGUGCAGCCACUGGACACAGAUGGACAGGCCUGCCGAGGUCAAUAAAAUCCUCAUCCAGUGGCUGAAGGACACCCACAAGAGUGUGACCCUGCCAAUGAAGACAAGACUGUGACAGAGAAAGGGGGUGACCAUCGUUAAUAUACUGUUGGCACAAACCUUCAGUGAGACAGUGUGUGGGUGAAUCCAAGUAGUUAAUAAAGGUGAACCAAUCAGUA